UGUUUUUAUAAAUGUUUUGUUUAAACAGACUAGUUGAGAGUAAAUAAAUAUGAUAAUUUAAAUGUCUCUUGAGUAAUAAAGCAUCUUAGCAGACAAGGUUUGUCACAUUGGGCUACUCUUCUCCGUAAAGAACUCUGCUAUAGAUGCGUUUCCGAUAUCAAUCUAAGAAUUGAUUUUUGAAAUUAUCCCAACAGUCAUGCUUUGUUGUAAGAGGCAGAUUGAUGGUGACAUAAAGAAUAAAAGGGAUAUAAAAAAACGUUCUGGUUUUCUGAAAAAACUGAGGCCCAAGAAACAAAGGCGAUUGACAGAGCACAAAACAUUUGAAGUAGAGCCAUCAGUUCCUUUUAUUGACGGAUGUACUUCUUCUCCUAACAUUAGAAGGAAUCGACGAUUCAGGCCAGGAAGACGUCUUCAGAACAUGUGGUCUACCAUGAAAGGUCUUGCAAGAAGAAAUUCACCAAAAAAGCAAAACGAAAAGCAGAGUAAUUGGUAUGUUACAGAUACCACUGAAGCAGCGUGUUCAGUCACGGAUUCAGAAGGGUCACAGGACCAGAUGAGACUGGGUAGUGACUCUCCUUUGAAGAGAUUAAGCCAUAGCGUACCCAACAUUCACCAAGCUGCAUGUAGCACAGGCGGUUCAGCUGUUACUGGAGAAUGUGAAGUUAGCUUCACUGGGAAUGACAUGGUUAAAAGUAACAGUAGUAUGGUACAUGUAUUUGAAAGCACGAUACAGAAAUCUCACCUGUCUCCUCAUCAGUACGUUGAUUACAUAUUAGAUAUUCAUCUGUAUUCUGGGCAUGACUUAAUAGCUAAAGAUUUUUGUGGUACAAGUGACCCAUACGUGAAGUUUAAACAAAAAAGAAAGACAUUGUACAAGAGUAGGACUAUACUAAAAAAUUUAAAUCCAGUUUGGGAUGAGCAUUUCUCUGUGUCAGUGGAAGAUAUACAACAUCCAUUAGUGAUUCAAGUGUUUGAUUAUGAUCGUGGAGUUUUAGACGAUUUUAUGGGAACUGCAGAUAUUGAUUUAACAGAGUUGGAAUUAAAUAGGCAAACUUCCCUGUCUCUUACUCUCAAAACGUCUGCUCAUGCUCAGAAAUGCAAGACGUUUUUAGGAACUAUUGAUCUGUCUGUCACACUUUAUUCAAGGGUUGAGACCAACACAGAAGAGAGCAUAUCAAGGUCCUCAUCCAUCGUAAACAGGUGCCAGUCAUGGGACAGUGUACUAACGGUUGUUUUAGUUGAAGGUAGAGAUCUUUAUCCUGGUGACAACGACAGUGUAGGAGAGCCAUAUGUGAAGUUCCGUUUGGGUGAUGAGAAAUACAGAAGUAAGAAAGCCAAUAAAACGACAAAUCCAAAAUGGUUAGAAGAAUUUACCUUGAAUAUUUAUGGUGCUCACUCAAAAAUUCUGGAUGUUACAGUAUGGGAUAAGAGCUACUACAAUAGAAGUACCAUUAUUGGCAGUUACACAUUAAACUUGGAGAAGUUAGAGCAAGAGAAGACGCACAGAAUCUGGUUAGACUUGGAAACUGGAACUGGGUCACUCUAUCUUCUCCUGACCAUCAGUGCAAUUUACAUUAGAGAGAAUGUAUCAGACUUGCUAUGGUGUCGAGAUGCUAUUCACGGAAGGAGUUGUUGCCUUGGGCAAUAUGACUUUUCUAACAGUCUGUCUAACCGGAGAGAUAUUGGGCUAUUAACUGUUAAAGUGUAUAAAGCCCGAGGACUUAGAGCUGCAGACUUUGGAGGGAAAAGCGACCCAUACUGUGUAGUGGAGUUAGUUAAUGCUCGGCUUCAGACACACACGGAAUAUAGAACUCUCAAUCCUGAGUGGAACAAGGUUUUUUCAUUCCAAGUGAGAGACAUACAUGCUAUAUUGGAUGUCAGUGUUUAUGACCAAGAUACAGACAAACAGUUUGAAUUUUUGGGAAGAGUGUGUAUUCCUCUGCUUCAGAUUAAGAACAAUAAGAAGCUGUGGUAUAACUUGAAGGAUGAGAAGUUGAGCAAUUAUGUGAAGGGAGAAAUACUUCUAGAGUUGAAUGUUACAUAUAACCCAAUCAAGGCAUGUAUCAGGACAUUUAGUCCUAGAGAGAAGAAGUAUACAAUUCCAGAAAGAAAAUUCAAGCAAAUGGUGCUGUUGAAGAACUUAAACCGAGUUCACUUGUUGAUGUCUGACUUUUUAGUUUUGGCCAAUUUUGUAAACAGCUGUCUUUUGUGGGAAUCAACAUCCUGUAGUAUCCUAGCUUUACUUACAUUCCUUGUGGUUACCUAUAUGUUUCAACUGUACAUGAUACCCAUUGGUUUUCUCCUUGUCUUCCUUAAAAGCUUGUUCUUCAACAGUUCAACAAAGCAAAGUAUUUUAGAAAAGGAAAGAGAAGAGUUACAGCAUAUGGAUGAAGAUGAUGAAGAAGAGAAGUUGAACAAGACUAGUGUUUUUCAGAAACAGUCAUACACGGCUGCACUACAUUUUAUCAGUGAUCUAGCUGCUGAAAUCUUAAGAUUUACAACACAUGGGAAAUAUAAGUACUGGGCAAUGAAAGAAAGAAGUAAAAGUUUCAAAGAUCGAAUUCAAGCUGUUCAAGAUCUUGUGGCAUUGAUUCAAAACAUUCUUGGUUAUGGUGCUUCCUUUGGAGAACGAUGUAAAAACAUCUUCAAUUUUACUGUUCCUUUCUUGUCAUGGUUAGCGAUUAUCCUGCUGGUGGGAGCAACAAUGGUGUUGUAUACAGUACCUUUCAGGUUCAUCAUUAUGUUAUGGGGACUCCACAUGUUCACUAAGAAGCUAUGGAAUUACCAAGCUCCCCUAAACUUUGAAUUACUUGACUUUCUGUCUUGUGUGCCUGAUGAUCAAGAAAAGGUAAAGUACUCGAAUCAGAUGAUGAUAGAUAAACCAAACAGUAAUGGAAUGAACAACUGACCACAGUGAUGUCCAGAGAAGUCCAGUUCUGUUCCAAGACAACAUAAUCUAGCCAAGGAAUUUUGGUUCCAAAUCAUAACUUCAAUAAAACUGGUUUCUGAAGAACUUUUCUGACCACUAGUUAAAGCAUUUACUUUUGACUCUAAUGCUUUAUUUAUUUUUGUACCAUAUUUGAGGUUCUGAAGAACUUGUCUUUAAAUAGGUUUAUGAAUUGUUGUUCAUAUACAUGAAAUAAUAAUAAAACAACAACCUACUAGACAUUUGAAACAUAAAUAACUCAAUAUUUUAAUUUUGUUAUCUUUGUCACAUCUCUUUAUUUUAUUUUUGUAUAAAAACACAAAAGCUAGUUGUGUUGUGAAGUGUAAUGAAAUAAGUAGUUCAUAAUACUUGGUUUUAUGCAUUAUUACUUUGUUUGUUUGUUGUUUGAGAUUAUGACAGGAAUGGUUGUAUAAAUUUACAUUUUCUUCCACAUUCUUCUCAAAUCACAGUAAAUUUGUACAUUCUGUAUUCAGAUAAUUAUGUGUCCAUCCAAAUUUAGAAUUUGUAUAUAGUUUCUGUAAUUUACUGUUUUCUAUUAUUUUUCUUGUCUAAAUAUCAUAUUACCUCUUAUUACAGACAUAAGCAUUGAUAUUCAAAUACCACAGACAACAAGGUAACUUUAGUAACAGAUAACUUCCACACCACAAACAACAAGGUAACAUUAGUAACAGAUAACUUCCACACCACAGACAACAAGGUAACAUUAGUAACAGAUAACUUCCACACCACAAACAACAAGGUAACUUUAGUAACAGAUAACUUCCACACC